AUGAAGAGACUAAGCAGCUCAGAUUCAAUGUGUGGACUUAUCUCCACUUCUACAGAUGAGCAGAGUCCGAGAGGGUACGGAAGUAAUUUCCAAUCUAUGCUUGAUGGUUACGAAGAAGAAGGCACAACGGUCGAGGAAUAUUCCGGUAACCACCACCACAUGGGUCUAUCGGAGAAGAAGAGACGGUUACGCGUCGACCAAGUCAAAGCUCUUGAGAAGAAUUUCGAGCUCGAGAACAAACUCGAACCUGAGAGGAAAACGAAACUGGCACAAGAGCUUGGUCUUCAACCUCGUCAAGUAGCGGUUUGGUUCCAGAACCGCCGUGCACGGUGGAAGACAAAACAGCUCGAGAAAGAUUACGGCGUUCUUAAAAGCCAAUACGACUCUCUCCGCCACAAUUUCGAUUCCCUCCGCCGCGAUAACGAUUCUCUUCUCCAAGAGAUUAGUAGAAUCAAAGCUAAUAUAAACGGAGAAGAAGAUAACACCAACAACAAAGCUACGACGGAGAGUGAUAUCUCCGCCGUCAAGGAAGAGGAGGUUUCGCUGCCGGAGAAAUCAUUUCACACGAUUCCUUCUUCUCCUCCUCAAUUUCUAGAACAUUCAACCGGUUUUAACUACCGGCGAAGCUUCACCGAUCUUUGCGACCUUCUACCGAAUUCUGGCGUCGACGCUGGAUCUUCCGACAGCUGCGAUUCAAGCGCCGUUCUCAACGAAGAGACCAGCUCCGAUAACGUAAGACUUACGCCGCCGGCGAAUGUCACCUCUGGGAAUUUCUUACAGUUCGUGAAAACAGAGCAGUCGGAGGAUCACAACGAUUUUCUGAGCGGUGAAGAAGCUUGUGGUUUCUUUUCCGACGAACAGCCACCUUCACUUCAUUGGUAUUCCGCUUCUGAUCAUUGGACAUGA